GUGGCAAAGUCGUACAAUUUGAAGAAGGACACGGGGACGGUGCUGAUGCGAGUCGUCGAGGAGGAUACAGAUGCUUCUUGUUUUCACGACGCCGCUCCUGCUACCUCGCACAAAGCCGGUACUUCUGAACGGAACAAACGAUCAGCGGUUCUUUCCUCCCGAGAUUCUUCCUUUUCUGUAAUUUCGGAAGACGUUAUUUCUCUAUCCGAUUUGCGCACGGAGAAGAGCAGUUUCGUCCUGGUCAGCGACGCGCGGUCC